AUGGAUUUCCAGGAGGCAAAAUCUCCACUUCUGUUGCUUUCAGUGGAGGAAGAAACUUGUUUUGUCAGCUUUAACGGCGAAAAAGCAGUACCAAAGUUGAAAAACAGUCCAAAAGAUUUCAAGUCAAGUAUGCGUAUUGGUUCCUCUCAUGGAUGGCUCAUCCUCUUGGACGAAACCUCAGAGCCAUAUCUUCUAAACCCUUUCAAUCAAUCCCAAAUCCAACUCCCCGAGAAAAUUACUUUUCCUCACAUUAAUAGGGUGACGAGUAAAUGUUGGCGCGGUGGUGAAUGUUUAUGCGUGGAAUACACCUCUGGUUUUACCAGAUGGUUUGACCCCACAGAAGAUAAAUCGCCAUUGCUUUCCAUCAAGAAAGCUAUACUGUCAGCAAAUCCUAGUACCCACAAAGAUUUCCUAGUUGCGGUUAUAUACGGAGAAAAUUCAAGAAUUGCCUACUGUAGGAAUGGAGACAAUGAGUGGAGUGCAAUUCAGGAUGGGGAUUCUGACCCAUACUAUGAUAUUGCAUGUUCCGACGAUGAUGAUUUACUAUAUGCAUUGGGGAAAAAUGUAUCAGUUGAAAUCUGGGAUUUGAUGUUUCCUGGUUCUUCUACCCUCAAGAAAAUGGGUACUCUAUAUCCAAGAAUGUUUCUGGAAACCAUGAAAGACUAUCCGGGAACCCUCUAUGCCAGAAAGUUCUACUUAGUCCCCUGCGCCAAAUCUGGACAGAUCUUCUUCGUUGUGAGGUACGUUGGGGAGUUUGUGACCAGUGAUGGUAAAGUUGUUUAUGAUGCAGAAGCUGAUGAUGAUCAAUAUCCUCAUCCAAUGGUCUGUCCUUAUAAAACAAUCAACUUUCACGUUUAUUGCCUCGAUACAACCACCUUAACUUGGAAGGCAGUGAAAUCAUUGAAUAAUCUCGCGUUGUUUCUGGGAGGGAACCAUUCUGUUUCCAUGUUGGUCUCGGAUGAUUCAGAAGUCAAGGCAGAUUCUAUUUACUUCACAGACGAUUACUGGGAACGAAUGGACGAGGAUUACUUGUAUGGAGGCCAUGACAUGGGAGUUUUCAGUUUAAAAGAUGAGAGUGUGAAGCAGUUUCUGAACAUUGAUUUGCAGAAAAUUAAACCACCUCCCUUUUGGCUUAUUCGUGAAUCAAGCUAG